AUGGUGUGGAACAAUAUGAUCAUGGAAUCGUAUGAGAACAACGCAGCACAGGAAGACUUGCAGCACCCUGGAAACAACACGGCAACAACUUCCAAGCAACAACUAUCUGCGCAGACGAUGGGAUCUGGUGAAGUUGAUACAUUUUUCCUAGAAACAGGAACAGUGUCAUCAGAAUCAACCAUACAACAACCAAAAAACAACAGAGAAAAAACUACAGCAGUAGAUGAAGAUUUCGACUUCACCGACUAUGCAAAGCUUGUGGCUGCAGAAAUGGUACAGCAACUCGAAAACAACCAGGAAGAAGAAGAGGAAGUGGACAACACAGAAAUGAUUAUCAUCAAUGACAAACGACAUGAAACAAUAGAGAAGGGGCAAAUUUACAAGGACAAAGAAACAUUGAUAAGUACACUAUGCUACUUUGCAAUCAAGAAGACAUUUCAAUACAAAGUAGUGAAAUCUUGCACAAAAGAAUACAACAUAGUGUGUUUGGACACAAACUGCAAAUGGAGUUUAAAAGCUACAAAGAAUGGAAACACAGAAACAUUCAUAAUAAGGAGCUACGAAGAAGAACACACAUGUGCAGUUACAAUAAGAUUUGGAGAUCAACGACAAGCUACAUCAAAGUUGAUAGCAGAUUUUGUAAAACCAAAAUUCUUGAACCUGAAAACAAAGUGCAGCCACUACAGACAUAAAGACGAAAUGAAAGACAAAUACGGAAUAAAGAUGAAUUACAUGAAAGCAUGGCGUAGUAAAGAGCGAGCACAAACCCAGCUACAUGGAAAUGCUAAAGAGUCGUACAAUCUCUUGUCAAGAUACCUGUACAUGCUACAGAAAACAAAUCCAGGAACAUUAAUAGACAUAGAGAAAGAUGAUGAUGACAGUUUCAAAUAUGCAUUUGUUGCAUUGAAUGCUGCUAUAAAAGGUUGGCCAAACUGCAAACCAAUCAUCGUGGUAGACGGUACAUUCCUAAAGGCCGCGUAUGGAGGCACGUUGCUCACUGCCAACACACAAGAUGCAGAAUCGAAAAUUUUUCCACUAGCAUACUGCAUAGUUGAUUCUGAGAACGAUAAAUCGUGGGAGUGGUUCUUAAAAAAAAUAAAAGAAGCAUUCGGGGUUCGAGAAUGUCAAUGCCUAAUAUCAGACAGACAUGAAAGCAUCAUCAAAGCAACGAGGAAAGUGUUCCCUGAAAUAACACAUGGCUACUGCAUCUUCCACCUCUUGUCGAACCUCAAAACAAAAUUCAAGAAAAAUGCAAAGCAUUUCAGAGUGCCAUUCUUUGCAGCUGCAAAAGCUUACACAGAAAUGGAGUUUGAAUUCCAUAUGAGGGAGCUAGACAACUUGGAUAAGCGCAUAAGACCGUACCUGGAGAAAAUUGGCCAUGAAAAAUGGUCAAGGUACUCUACCAUGACAUCAAACAUAGCUGAGGCACUGGACUCAGCAAAUUUAGCAGCAAGGGAAACACCAGUGACAACAUUAAUGGAGUGCUUGAGGGCACAAAUGCAAGAGUGGACAUACAAUAAUAGAAAGGAGGCACAAAAAUGCACAACAAGGCUGACACCAUCAUCUGAGAAAAAACUCAUAGGGAACUAUGUACAGUCAUUGCGACUAACAGUGAAACCAGCAAACCAGAACCUGUUUGAGGUGAUAGAUGAAGACAGAACAAGAAUAGACUUGAACAUAAACACAUACAACUACUGUGCACAAUACUACACAUCAAAAGCAUGGCUGCAAACAUAUGAAGAAACAGUAUACCCAGUUGGAAACGUAAGAGAAUGGGAACUUCCAGAAUUUUUUGAAGACAUCAUAGUGUUGCCUCCAAAGGAGAGAAUCAAGUCUGGAAGGCCGAGGAAAAGAAGAAUGGCAGCAGCUUGGGAAACAAAGAAACAAAACAAGUGUGGCAAGUGUGGACAAAAGGGACAUAACAAAAAGACCUGCAGAAGAAUUACAGCAUAG